UCUAAGUCAUAGUUUGUACAAUCAUUUGUGUUUACCAAUGCCUAUGAGAGGGUUCAGAAUUUGCUCCGUCCCCAGGAAGUGUUGAUAAAACUGGCUGGCCGGAAAGCUUGUGUAAAUUAUUACAUUCCAGUUUAGGCUUGUACGGCUAUUUUUACCCUCCCAGCCCUGUUCUGAACUCCACCUCCACUCUCUCUCCUUCUUCCUGAACAGGAAAGACUGGUUUACGUGCAGCCAGAAUACCAGUUUCUCUCUCUGUCACUUUUGUCACAUAGGGAGAUGGGUGUUAUCAUUCAUAAUUAGCUCAAACUGUUAGUAUUCUCUAAAUUAUCAUGUUUAUUGGAUCGUGUUUAAGGUUGUCUGUUUUAAGACAUGUAAAAUGUUCUGUUCCCACCCAGUGUGCACUGGGACAUUCCACUUCCCAAAAAUCCCCUAGACUCAUACCACAGAGGUUGUUCGGUAGCACACUUCCUGUGUCUGUUUGUGUAUGUCUAGAGAACACAAUUAGACUAUCUCAUCAUGUGAAAAUAAUCCACAAAUCCCAAACAAUCUGAACAAACUAAACUGACCGAGCCUGAAAUUUCUCUGCAGAGCUUGGAUGAGCUUGAUGACGAUGACGGAGAAGAGAAGGAGAGGAAGAUGGAAGAAAGUCUUACGCAGCACAACACGGUCCAGAACGAGGCGAUGACCUCUGACCCCGGAGAGGCCCACUCGAUACAGGACACUCCGAGAUCCAGAAGUCAUAAGAGCGAUGAAGAUGGAAACAGACAUCGCCACCGACACGGAAGGGAAGGCAGCGGUGCCGCGCCCACAACCCUGGAGAGAAGGAUAGAGGAGCUAGAAAGGGAGCUGGCCGCGGAGAGACAGGAGACAAGUCGCCUGUUGAAAGCCCACCAGGAUAAUGAUGAGCUGAUCGUUAAGCUGAAGGAGGAGAUCGACCUGCUAAACCGGGAUCUGGAUGAUAUUGAAGAUGAGAAUGAGCAGCUCAAACAGGAAAAUAAGACCUUGCUCAAAGUGGUCGGCCAGCUCACCAGGUAGAACCCGGCGACCCGAGGAUGGCGGAAAUGGAUUCUGCGUCUAGCUGCGGUGGCCGGAGGGAUUUGCUGAACGAUGGGACCGCCUCUCGCCUCUGUCCUUUACGGGUUCUGCUCUGGUCUUAAGUGUCUGUCCGUGUUGUCGUCACUCUAUGUGGGGAGGCUUUGAGAACACGGACCUCUGGAUGUUGAACCAAGCCGCUCGAUGUGGUGUUACUCGAGGCAUCCCGCUUUUACGAGGGUUGUCGAAAGGAACUUGCCUUCUAUUUAAUGUAAAUGUGUGUGUACAUAGGCUACGCUGACUGUUCUUUUAAGACUUACGCAGGACAACGGAAAGGGGAAAUGCCUUUGAACAUAUGGGGCGGCACCAUUAUUCUUCUAGCUCAGAGGCCUUUUUUACAAUCAAAUCUCAAAUCGCUCAUCCAAUCGCACAUCUUUGCUAUAUUGGGACGAUAGACGCAUUCUGCCUGUUUCUGUCACACUUUCAAAGGACUGCUUUUGGGAUAUUUCAGCUUUAAGGGCUCCUCUAUCAGUUAAAAGUGGCCACAAUUGCCUUUACAUUUAAAGUCUGUCUCUUUAACACACAUCACUUCUAUUACCCGUGAGUCCAAGAAGUGCCUGUUACCACACAUCUAAACUUAAACUGGGUAACUGAUCCUCCCCAGAGGUUGGCCAUACUAGGUGCAAUUCUGUUUUUCGGCCUCCGAGAGCAUGAUGCUACGAACAUGUUUCUGGCUUGGAGCUUGCAAAUGCUGUAAUUAAUAUUAUGUUAUUGUCUGAUUUUUUUACAUUUUACAUUUUACAUGCUGUUCAUAUGUUUACAAGUUGUUUAAACUCUUGGUAUCAAUAGAUGUAGCUGUUCAUCAUGUACGGUUAACGCGACAUAUAGCCUAGGAUGCUGCUGUGCAUCUUUCAAAUAACCAAAUCGAUUGAAGGCGUUAUUAAGCACGUUCGUGUGGUCUCUCAUAGCUGAAAAAGACGGGGAUAUGACAUUACAUUUAAUUGUGAUUGCAAGGUCACCACUUUGGGGUUCAUAUCUACAGUGAUGCUAAUCUACAGUGCUAAUGAAAUCUAUUCUGUAAAGUCAUUUGAGGGGGUAUCUUUUUCUUUUUUCUUGGUUUUAGACUGUAUUGGGGUGGGAGAUAUCUGUAUCCCACUGCUUUACAUAAUGCAUGUACAGAAGAUUAAAUAAAAGUUUCAAUAAAAA